ACAGGCUCGUGGUGGAGUCUUUAGAUUCUACGACAGACAGGAUGACCGAUGGAAGCGACUCGAAGACCUUUCCGUUGUGACAGCCGGAAAGGCUCUGUACGCGAGGAGAACAUCUACGAUCUCCUGUAGAAGCUCCUUCCCGAACCCGAUCUGGUCGGAUGAGUAGGCCCAGAGACCUAGGGUUUGGUUCGGCGGACAUCGAAUGAAGCUGGGCUGGAUCGCGCUCAGAUGAUCUUCCGAUGACCCCCGGGGGUCUGGGCCGGAUUCUCGAAGAACGUUGGUGUCCUGCGCAUGCAUAUGGAAAAUCUGUGGAAUACGUGACUUGCGACGUCAGUGGGGGAGUCUGCGAAACGCUUCCGAAAUCUGCAUUGAAACUCAAAACAGAAGAAUCUUGAUCUCCACAUUCGUUGAAUCACUCGACGUUGAUUCGCUCACGCGCGACGAUUCCUUGUAGAAGAGUGCGCAUCAUGGAUUAUUCUGCUUGCUGGGAAUGGAUUCAGUCCGUCAGUCUCAACGUUUCAUCAAUCAAGUGGCGCCAACCAGCGAGAUUCUUACAGCACACGCUCGUGCGUGACGCACCGAGGUGCUUUCGUCGGGAAUGGAAUCAAAGAUCGCGUGAGAACACCGACUUCGCCAUCAUCUCCGCUACCACCAAGGAAGGUUACCGACGAUGGAGUCAUUGUCACAAACACGUCCUACAGGCCAUGGUCAAAAACAGCUCGAGCCUGGGUCAUGGUUCGAACAUUGAUCUAGACUUUGACAACGAGAUGGUAGAAAACCUCCUAAGGAUUCUUUACACUCGUCAGUACGUUUCCGUAGACUCCGUGACGGAAAAUCAUCACUUGGUUCUACGCUUCUCUGAAGAGCUUCAGGUUGUGCCUGAUAGGUUGAUGGCGAUCAGAAACUAUCUUCGCUCUGAAUUCCACCGAUUCGCGUUCGGAAAAACUUUCCUCCAACUCUCCGAGGAUGAGCUCAAGCACUAUCUCAACCCUGAGAUCAUCCCAUUGCACACAGUUCUCGAUGUGAACACAGUUCUCCGUUCUGUCUUGUCGUGGUCGACGCAGCCGCCGCAUUUUUCAUCAGAGGGAGUCGUUCCCUUUCAUUCGAAUAGGUUCCCCAAUCUCGCGCUUGAGGUGGCGGGGCUCCUGGAGCGAGUCCACGGAGAUCUCAUCGCAUCCAGCGCGAAUCUCGCCGCUUACGAGCAAACAUCAAAUAGCUCCAGCGUUGAAGAUUUCGAACCUUCGCCUCAGGGUUGUGAUCUCUCAGUGGUGUGUUCAGACGACGUCGAGGUGCUCUGCAAUCGAGACACACUGUGUCGAAUCCCUUACUUCGACUCAAUGCUGCGAGGGGGUUUCCGAGAAGCCUUCGAGCCCGAUCAUUUGCGUUUAGAAAUGUCAUCAAACAUAUUUAAUCGGGUUUUGGAGAGCAUCUCAACCGGAGCCUUGAGCGACCUCAGCCCCGAUGGUUUGCUCGAGUUGUACACGAUGUUUGACUAUCUGCAAAGCGAUCGACUUUUGCUCGUUUUCGACAACAGUUUCCGCCGGAACAUCUUCCGCUGGAUCAUCGAUUCUCAAGUCGAGCUGCUUUCGAACAUCUCUCCGAGUCUGAUGCACCGGGUUUUACCGUACAUCAUUCGGGACUUUGUGGAUGUAUUCGGCCUCCGAGGGUACGCCUUUGCGCUGCGCUUCUUCUUGAAUUGGAUUGAGGGUGAUGUCAACCGCAGGGAAAAGACCGUUCCCAUUCUGCUAAACGCUUUGGACAGCCUGGACGCGGCGGAGCAUGCCAAAAAAGUUGUCUACGAGUCCUUCGACGGCCGCGUUCAUGUUUUCGAUGGGAGAACCUGGGCACCCUGCCAUUGGGGUGAUUUCGACUCUUCCAGAGAAGGCAGCUACAACUUCCAGGUCAAACAGUACAAAUCCCGUUACUUGACGCAUAAUUUCCUGCGAAGCAACACUAUCGCCGAAAAGGAAAGCCUCUCAGGCAGGGAAACCGUCAUCGAACGAUACUCGGAAGGCGCCAAUGGUUAUUUCAUUGAGAUGUUCGGCAGAGUCUUCUACAGUGUCAAUCAUCAGCAUUUCGUCUUGACGGAAGACCUGCAGCCUGUGCCAGUUGACCUGCCAGUGGUUGAGGGUCUCGCGCUCGAGCCACGAUGCUUUGACGAAGCGAGUCGACGAAUUUUCUUCGACACGGAGAAGCUCGGCUACUUCGUAGAAGUUGACGAGAAUUUUAGGAUAAUCCAGAAGCUCGAGUGCUCGAGUCUAGGUGUCACCGCCGAUCAUCAGCUGUGCUUUCUCGACGGGCUUGUUCUCGCGUUCAAGCUUGGCCACGAGAGCUUCGUACUCGACGAAGAUCGUAUGAGCUUCAUUCCUAUAGGCUCUCAUGAGGAGCAUUUCGGUACCGAGAGCCCGACGAAAGCCGACUCGAUCUUACCACCGAUUUCCGGAGUCAUCUAUAAGAUCUUCAAAGUCCAAGAAGAAACAUUCCUCAUCGUAACUGAAGAUGUGGAGCUCACGCAAGCGAGGCUCAGAGUGAGCGAAACUGAAUCCGAUCCUAAAGUAGUGGGAUUUUUCCAAUGGUGCUCAACUUCUAAAAGAUGGCGAGAUAUUUCGUCGACGAGCAAAAUACCCAUGACUCAGAUCCACCAGACCGUGAUCAUGAAUCACCCUGGAGUACCCUUGUAUGCGAGGAGACUGUGCAACAUUUAAUCGGAUUCUAUCUUCGAUCGAAUCCUCCAUAUUUGGACGGGUAGGAAAUAUUCUCCUGUUCCGAAAAAGGAUCAU